AGCCGUUUUGGCUCUAGCCCAACGCUGCUGGAGCGAAGUCCCAGUCGCCGCGCCACGGGAGCCCAAGAAGCGCCUCGGACGCAAUGGCCGCCCAGCGCUCCACCGCCCUCGCGGCCGUCCUGGCCGCCGCCGCGGUCCUCGCGCUUGUCGCCCCGGCCUUCGUGGGCCCGUCCGCCCCGCGCGCGGCGGGCGCGGCCGCGGGCGCCGGCGGGGCCGCGCUCCGCGGCUCCGCCGCCCCCCAGCCGCUGACCGAGGGCCAGGAUGCGCCGGCCUUCUACAAGGUCGGCAGCGCCGUGCUGUCCGUGGUGGCGGCCCUCCUCGUGGCGCUCGUGCCGGUCGCGGAGGCCCAGGCGGCCAAGAGCGGGGGCCGCAUGGGCAGCUCGAUGCCCGCCCGCGCGGCCCCGCCGGCCAGGCCCGCGCCGCCCAAGGCCGCGCCCGCGCCCCCGUCGUCCAGCACCACCGUCAACAAGACCGUGGUGGUGAACAAGACGGUGAUCGUCCAGCAGCCGGCGCCAGUCAUGGGGGCCGCGCCCAUCAUUGCAGGCCCCUCCAUGGGCGAGAUGAUCGUGGGCAACGUCGUCGGCAACGUCGCGGGCAACAUGAUCAGCAACGCCAUUCUGGGGGGAGGGAGCGGCGGCCCGAGCAGCACCGACCGCCAGCUCGAGCAGCAGCAGCGCCAGGACGAGCGCCAGAUGGACAAGCAGUCGAUGGAGCUCGAGAACCUUCGGAGGGAGGUGAUGGACAUGAAGAUCGCCAACGCGGCGAAGAGCUAGAGGGCGGCCCGCCAGCACGCCUCGAGCCUGCCGCAGGCGGCUUCGGUGGGGGAGGGCCUGCGGGCCCCCCCGCUCAGAUGCACGCGCCUCCUGUGCUUUCUCGUUUGCGUUUUCGCCGCCACCCGGGCGCCUCGCCCCGGCAGGCUGGCCACCGGAUCUCGUGUAGUCAUCAGCCAGGAGACAGUGCAGAGCAUGUCUCCUGAGGCUGCCUGCGCGAGGCGGCCUUCACACAGAGACCGGACCGCACGAGUUCCACGGCGCUCUUGAUGAAAAACAGAAGA